AUGCUGUGCCCAAGGUCGCGUCACUUGGAGCUUACUUUGACAGCCAUUGCAAAAGCUGCCAAACCAGAUCCCACGCGACGCAGUGGUUUGCAAAGCUUUUUCGGAAAAACUUCAGCGGUACAGACAGCGGAGCAGCUCAGAGCGACACUACUCCUCUCGCUCGGUUUCUGCGCCAUCAACACCCCUGGGCCAAUGCUCUUGCAAGAGAAGGCCUGCGAACGCAUUCUCAAGCCACUUCAUCAGGCGUUGGUGCAAGAGAAGAGUCGAGACAUUCUGCGGCAUGCUGUCGAUGCUGUCCGUUUGGUGGGUGAUGCUUACCGCUGUCCACAAGAGAGGCGAAUGGAGUGUGACCCUUUCUUGACCGACUGCGCCGAAGUAUCCCUGCCUUCGCUUCUCUCAGCACUCAGCGAGGAUAGCCCGACUCGUGAGGUGCUCACCAAGUAUCGCAACGAUUUACUGGAGGCCUUGCUACCGCUGAUCACUGUUCCGCAGGACCAGGAUGCAGAAAAGAUGGCGUCCUUUGAUGAACUGCUUUGCCCAUCUUUGGAUGCCAUCAGUUCCUUCACCUUGCUCCCCCUGCAGCUGCCAUCGGAGCUCUUCGGGCUGUUGGUGGAGCAUACCUUGCAGGUGCUACUGGUGUCCUUGCCAAUAGAGGCCGGAUCUGGAGGUUCUGGAGGUGUGGUUUUCCCUGCGCUUCUGGAAAUUCGCCUGGUUAAGCUGCAAAGCUAA